AUGGCGGAGUCCGGUAAAAGAAAGCGAGUCAGUUAUGCCAACAUGAGCUCACAAACCCGUAGAAGCGAAGAAGCAGACAGUCAGCCAGGCACUGCUGCGGAGGAUCGUUAUGUGGAGGGCUCCAUACUUAGUAUCACAAUGAAAAACUUCCUGUAAGUUACCGCUCAAGAGCUGCCAACAAUCCGAGCAGAUGUAAACCGAAACUAACUACCGUCAGCCCGAACUGGAAGACAAACCCGGUGAUAGCUCGAUAGCUCCGCUGACAGCUGAAACUCACCUGUUAUCCAACGCUGUCUAAAUGUACUUGAAAUUUCACUAACAUGAUGUGUAACAAGUAAAUACGGCCCCAAAACCAGUUCGGUCAAGUCAGUCGUCAUGACUGCAGUGUUAAAAACAUGUAAGCCGACUCUGCUCAUGGUUUGAUAACUUACUAGAGGAGGAUUGUUUGUGUCAUAAGUCUUCUUUUUUGUUAGUGCCAGCAAGAUCCUAAUAGGAGCACGGCAGGCUCCUACGCACUAAAGUUAUCUUCUAUUUGCAUGGUCUCCAUAAGCUGUUACACAAGGAGCUACUUGAUCAUAUUUUCUAAUUUUAAAUGAAUGUAUUUAUGAAAGUAAAAUAAGUUAUCUUAAUCACAUUUUCUUCAAAACACUGGGAAAAAAGGUGCACUUCUCCUGUGCUCUGAUAGAACCUACGACCACUCUGUGGUCCAUCCUGGACCCAAUCUGAACAUGAUCAUUGGAGCCAAUGGAACUGGCAAGUCCAGCAUUGUGUGUGCCAUCUGUCUUGGUCUGGCUGGAAAGACUGCUAUCCUGGCCAGAGGCGAUAAGGUAAACAGCAGUAUAACAUAGCUAUUGGUAGAUUAGCCAUUAACAUGGUUAGGCCAUAGUUUCUUUGUAAAACCCAUUAACAUCUGAUCAAAUGAUGUUUGGGACCAGUGGCAGAAAAUUAAAGUGACAGUUUAAGAAAUAAAUAUUGUCUAUGUCUCAUUUACCUCUUGCUAGCAUGUAUAGGAGGGUGGCACAGUGGUGUAGUGGUUAGCACUGUCGCCUCACAGCAGGAAGGUCCUGAGUUUGAACCCGGCUCAGGGUGUUUCUGUGUGGAGUUUGCAUGUUCUCCUUGUGUCUGUGUGGGUUUACUCCGGGUACUACGGUUUCCUCCCACAUCCCAAAAACACGCCUAAGUGGGGUUAGGUUAAUUGGCCAUUUUCAAAUUCCCCAUAGGAGUGAAUGUGAGCGUGGAUGGUUGUACAUCUCUACAUAUCAGCCCUGUGAUGAACUGGCGACUUGUCCAGGGUGUCCCCUGCCUUUGCCCGAAGAUGCUGGGAUAGGCUCCAGCCCCCUUUGCGACCCCGGUAACGGGAAUAAGCGGUAGAAAAUGGAUGGAUAGCAUGUAUAGUUUGUCACUAAUCAAGCAGAAAAGAAAAUUAGCCGAUCUUUUCUUUUCUGCUUCAAAUUUGUUAAAUCUAGUUGUUUGCAUUCUUUUCAGGUUGGGCUCUAUGUGAAACGAGGAUGUUCCAAAGGAUCGAUUGAAAUCGAACUGUAAGUUUUUCAAGACUUGGCAACUACAUACUGUUACUUUCGAGAACAACAGAUAUUUGGAUGUAAUUUAAUAACUUUGUUGAUACAAGGCUGGGCUCACACUAAGAGUUCUUCCUUUGUUAUGUUUGUUCCAGUUACAAAAGGAGUGGAAAUGUAGUGAUCAACAGGGAGAUCCAUGCAGACAACAACCAGUCACUGUGGAUGCUGAAUGGAAAACACUGCAACCAGAAAGCAGUUGAAGAAGAGGUUAAGGCUCUUCAAAUUCAAGUCGGCAACCUCUGCCAGUUUCUGCCCCAGGUUUGUGCACAUCGCUGUAAUAUAGGAUUGUACAAACACAGAAAAUAAGACUAACAGCUUCCCAUUUUUUAAAGACUAGAACAGCAUAAUUGAUGCAAAUGCAAAUCUGCACAUGGUAGACAUAACCUCUGAAUGCUCAAUUAUAAACCAGUCUUAAAGUUAGGAUGUCUGACUUACCUCUGCAGAAAAUCACAGUUGAUCCAGGCUGAGCACAAUCAGCAGAUUAAUAGAAAUGUACCCUCAUAGUGUACAACAGUUAAACUACCAGUAUUUACUUACACUGAGUUCCACAAUGAAAUACGAAAAUAGCUCAGUCUUGUUCUUGAUAUACUGUAGGUUCAAAAGCUUUGUGUGAGCUGUCACACAGAAGGGUUGUGAAGUGUGGAUAUUUAAUUAUGUCUUCUCAUUUUAUAUCAAAGCAUGCCUUGAUUUUUUUUCUUCUCAUUCUCACUAUGAUAGCAAUAAUUUGAAUGUGUUAGGUAGUAGUUGUUGGUCACAACCAAAAAUUUCUCAACAAUGGGGGUGUUAUCCCAUAUACAGCAGCAUUGGGUCUAAAAACGUACAAUAUCAGCUUCAAUAUUAAAGCUAUAUUUUUAUGCGUGGACACAUAGGACACAUCUCACUAUCUUUUAUUUGAGCCCUAGCCCAAUCAUCUUUCUGGUUCUGGCUUUAACUUUCUUUCAGAAUUCAUGAUACAGAAACUCCACAUUGGUUUUUUUGGUUAUAGAGGCCAUUAGAGGUCAUGAAGUCCCGGGCUGUGGGGCACAUGAGAAGCCAUGUAACAGGCUAUGAAACUUAACAGCAGAGGGUAUUGUGGGUAUUACGAGCGCUCAUAUUUCUUAUCAGAGAACAAGUACCCUGUGGCGACCUCAGUUUAUUUCUAGAAAAAUUGUGCAACACCUUAUUUCAAACAAUGGACGUAUAAGUCUAGUGUGUCUCGAAUGUAACAACACUGUCCUCUCGGUUUCUGAUGAUGUGGUCUGUUUACCUUCACAGGAAAAAGUGGGAGAGUUUGCCAAGAUGUCCAAAGUUGAGUUGCUAGAGGCAACAGAGAAGUCAGUGGGACCACCAGAGAUGUACGGAUACCACUGUGAGCUCAAAAAUUUCCGAAAUAGAGAGCGAGAGCUGGAGGUAAACAUAUUAGUACACAUUAGAGUACAUAUUAGAGUACACAGAGAAGUUUGUACUCACAUACAGAAGCAUGUGCUACUUUGAUUUUAGUGAGAGUCAGUUUCAAUCUUGACGGUUAAUUAAGAUAUAGUGUUUAAAUCCACUGUUUGGAGGAGGCUUAAUGAGAUAUAUUUUUUUAAUUUCAUCUUUUAUUGCACACCAAGAUGAGGCUCUAUUUGUCACUAUUUAGAUUAAAAAAAUGUUAAGCUAGUUCUGCAAUUUGAAGACCCACUAUUUCGAUUUACAAACUUUUCUGCAUCUUGAUUCUCUUCAGAAUAUUGUGAAGGAGAAGGCCAGCUUCCUGGAGAGGGCUAAGCAGAGGAAUGAGAGGAAUAAACAUGACAUGAACCGGUACUAUGAAAAGAAGAGGCAUCUUGAUGUAAUUGAAUUGCUCUCAAAGAAGAAACCAUGGGUGGUAAGUGGUGGGGAAUGAAACAGUGUGUAUAAGAGGAAGAGACAAACAGGCACAGCAUACAGCCAGACAGACUGAACUGAAUCCUUUAUCCUGUAUUGACUCUAACGCUUUCUGACUGGUUCUAGGAAUAUGAGACCACCCGGAAAGAGCUGGAGGGUGUAAAGAAGGAGCGAGAGGAGGCCAAAAAGCAGCUCUCUGCCCUGAGGCAGGCCCAGACGCCCAUGCUGAAGAAAAUCCAGACGAUUGACAAUCAGCUGAAACCUACAGAGGCACAAAUAAAGGCGAAGGUGAAAAAGAUAAGGUUUCUUUCUCUCAAACAAGCCCACAGCAGGACAGCUGGUUCUAAAAGAAGAAAUGAAUUGUUAUAUUUUGCGUGGUAUAUAUUUAGUUUCUUUUUUAAUCUCAUCCUGCUUUAUUGGAAAUGUCUAAAUGUGGGGUUAUACUAUGAGUGAUACCUCUUUUUAAAAGGCUUUUUCUGCCUUAUAUUUAUCACAAUGACCUUGCUACAGAGGUUACAGAAUAUUUUUUUUUUCUCUGGUGGUCUACUUUGCUUUUGUUUGGGAAUGUUUUAUGAUCAUCUAAAAAUUUCCCCUCGGCGGCUUUAAUCUCUUUCCCUCUUCAGUCAUCAACUUCUUGGAAGGUAACUGUUUGCUCAUUUGUUUUCAGACGGCUGCCAUCAAAGAAGCCUCUCUAAAGUGCAAACAAAAACAAGAUCAGCUGGACCGAAAGCACAAAGAGGUGAGACUGUAUUCCUCAUGGUCUUUAAAAAUGAUCAGAGCUGAUUUAAUAAUAAUUGAUUCCAAACUUUGUAUUUAGGAAAGAGUAGAUGACAAAAAAUACCCAGUUACAUUUUUUUUAAAUAUUGAUGAUACACUUGUACUUGGUAAAGCUCAUCUUUUGUGUUCUGUGUGUCUAUACGUAAAAUGUUUUUCUCAACAGAUUGACGAUAUAAAACAAACCCAAAGAUUAAAGGAGAUGGAAGAGAAAGACCACCAAAACCGAAUCAGCAACACUAGACGGACUAUCGAGGACAUGAAGGCAGAACUUGCCAAGAUCGCUGACCAACCUGACGUGACACCGCGGAUCAACGAAGUCAACACUGAGCUGAGGCGCAUUCAGGUUGAGAGAGCCAGGAUUGAAGGAGAGAAAUCUGACCUGCGCAGGGAGAAAGACAACCUCUGUGCUGAGGCGAGAAGUGAGUCUUACCCGCAGACUUGAGAGAUUACACCAACAGAACUCAAACUACUUAGAAAUGAUGCUGCUCACAAAUCUACAUGAAUAAUGCUUGUGCCAGUCAGAGACUCUUCAGUCAGGCUACAAAAUGUUCAUGUUUUUAUCUUACAAGGUUUGGAGAAGAAGCUCAAUGAUGUGAACAACUUGAUGAAUGUCAAAGAAGAGAAGCUGCGUGGACGGCACAAGGACACAUACACUGCCCUCCAGUGGCUCAGGCAGCACAAGGAGAUGUUUGAUGGAAAUGUCCAUGAGCCCAUGAUGCUGGUGGUGAGUACCAGCCAACAAUGUGCGAAGAAUACGUUAACCCCAAUGUUAAACAAACUUUUGAAAGUUUUCCAGACACUAGAAUGUAGAUCCAGGUUCAUACAAACACCAUUAAGGGAUCUUUUAUGUAUUUGUCAUCAAAUAGGCAUCAACUUAUCAUAGCUGUGAAUACACGUAUAAACGACUUAAAGGUAAAAUACAGUAAAGAAAAUAUGCCUUCCUCGAUAAGUACAACUAUGAGUAAAUGAUUUUUAUGUUUACAGCUACAUUAGUUUGCCCUGAAGUUAUUAUUAAAUAAAAAAGCAAACAAAUGACGGGUUUUUAAGUGUCACCAUCUGUAUGUAUCCCAAAAGCAGAAUAGAUCAGACAUUUAUCCUGAUACCUUACCCUCAGAGGCCAAAGCUUUGCUUAUUUGACUCUUGUCAGCACUGAAAUUCUGCAAAGCCGUGCACUUAUCCCUUUCUCAUUUUACAGAUCAAUGUUAAGGACCAUCGCUUUGCGAAGUACGUGGAGACCCACAUCGCUUUCCAUGAUCUGAGGGCGUUUGUUUUCCAGAGAAAAGAUGACAUGGAGCGGUUCAUGGCUGAGGUCAGGAGGCUGCCGUUGAUUUCUGUCAUUUUAAGUCUUGCCUAGAGAAUGGAAAGCUGUCUAAAUACAGAUUAUACUUUUUGAGUGUUAAAUUUAUCUUAUCUUGUGAAAUAGUAAUUAUCACCCUCUAAAUCAAGCCGUAUGUUUGAUGUUUCUUGACCACAGGUCCGAGACAAAAUGAACUUAAGGGUGAAUGCCAUUUCUUCCCCUGAAGAGUCAUGCUCCAGGCGCGAACCAUCCAGAAAUAUUGAGUCUCUGAGGUACGUCAAAUUUAAUAUAGCUUGAUGGUAGUCACUGUAGAAAAACAAUUCAUUAAAUAUAUCUUUGUCUCUGUUACAUUUUGCAUUGAUAUGUCCUUUAUUUGUAGUCGCUUUGGGUUCUUCACCUACCUUCGUGAGAUGUUUGACGCCCCUGAUGAGGUGAUGAGUUACCUCUGUCAACAGUACAGGGUACAUGACGUCCCUGUAGGCAAUGACCAGACUAAAGCCAUGAUUAAAACAGUAAGUUUCUCUUCCCACAGCCAUUUUUAGGUUAUCAGGUGGGCUACAGUAAUAAAUUUAUUAAUAAUCAAUCCUUGAAUUGAAUAAUUAGCUGCUGGGUUGUAUUAGAUUGUGAUUUGAUCAGUUUUAAUUGUCUGAUUUAUCUUUUUUGAAUAAGUCUGCUAAGUUGGAUGUGACAGCUGCACAUUUUUCUCUAUAUAUUUCUCAGGGGACCACUGAAGUUCAGAGAAUUUCUAUAGCAGCUUGAGGUUUCUAGCAAUUAAAGAAAAAGAUAUUUCUUUAAUUUCUAUUUAAAAAGCACCUCUGCUGAUAUCAUUUUUUUCUGUUUCACUCAAACAGGUGAUAGAGGAGCCCUACCUCAAGGUGUUGUAUACAACAGAGGAGAGGUACACACUGAAGAGGUCCUUCUACUCAAACAAGAUAAGCACCAGUAACUCUGCAGUGCACCCAUCCCAGUACCUCACCAUCACUGUGGAUGCUGAAGAGAAGCGGAAGCUGGAGCAGCAGAUAAAGGCAGGGUUUGAGGAGGGAGGGAUUCAUUUCUUUUACCCCUAUCAAUAAACAGUACCUAGACAUAUUUCAGUCCAUUUGGUUCAGUCGUGUUGAGAGUUUAUUGUUUACCUCUUCUGUGGCCAGACCUGCAAGUCAAAAAUAAAAGAAAUCGAUGAACGAAUGAAGGCCUUGCAGAGGGAUGCUGCUGCUCUGGAUCGUCAGGACAACGAGUUAUUGACUGAGAAAAAACAGCUGUCUGAGCUUAAGGGCAAAAAGAGACAGCUGGAGCAGAAGAUCAGCACCAAACAGGACAGGUAAAUCCACCUUAAAUAAUUAGAAUGGUAAUCAGGCACAGCAUUUGGUUUGACUGCAACAUUAAAUAUGUUUGUAUAGAGAUGAAUCAUUUGUGUUAACACAGAUAACCACGAAAUAGUCUCCCUAUUUUGUUGUGUUAAGUUUGAGGCAGAUGGAGAACAAUGUUAUUGACCUUCAAAAGAUUGAGGAGGAGACAAAAGAUAAAAUAGAAGCUGUCAAUCUCCAGAAGGUGGACAUCGUCAAAGUAUUCGUGGCUCAUAUGAAGGUACGACUGAAUGUAACACAACCUUUUUUCAGGUCCUUCAAUGAAAGUACUACAAUGUCCUUAUGGAGCUCUUUUCCAGUGUUCCCUAUUUCUGCCUUUAGUGUACCCAUGUACAAGCGUUGGGUACAGCAGUACUACUCCUUCUUUGGUGACUGUGCGUGGUUCAAGAUCAGGCCCUCAGUCCUAUUCUGUCUUUUUUUCCCUACAAAUGUCUUACUAUCUCUAACGCUCACUAUCCCUGGUAUUUUUUUUAUAGCUAAGAGCCCAGCUGACAAUAGAGAAAGUGUACUUGGCUUUGGAGACAGUGGGGUUGACAGCGGAGAGGACCAAACUAGAGAACGACUGUAGGGAGGGUGCCUCAGAACUCAAGACUGCAGAUGUAAUUCUCUCACUCUCUUCUUAAUACUUGUCCACAAUUUUAAUGUCUGCUUUUUUCGUCUAUUUUUGCUAAAUUCUAACUAUGUAUGGGUUCUUGCAGCAAAAAUGUAGUCGUCUGGAGCAGAGGAAGAUUCAGCUGACAGAACAAUGCAAAGGCCUGUUGAGGACAGCCAAGUCCAUCUGCAAGAUGCAACCUGAUGCCACUUUACCUGAAGACCUGCGUAAUGUUAGUGUUGACCACAUUGCUUGUUUUGCUUGAUGAAACCGCCGGCACCUUUUGCUACAAAAUAUGAUUGAACUCACAGAGUCCUGCUGUUGCUUUGUAAGCCUUUUGAACAUAAGUUAUCAUUCGUUUAAAACGUUCAUGUUUUCUGUUUUGUUGUUUAUGCAGGCUUUCAGCGAGCUACCUGACACGCUGGAUGAGAUUGAUGCCAUGCUUAAUGAGGAGCGCUCCAGAGCUGAGUGCUUCACUGGCCUCAGUGAAAAUGUAAGAGCACAUGAGAGUCAGCUGAGAGUUUUAUCUGUCUUGGCCUCUUUAUUCAGUAUAAAGUCGUUAUCAGGCUGAAAAAAAAAAAAAAAACAUGGUGCUCUCUAAAAUCAAAGAGGUCUCAGACUGCCCUUGUUACCUAUUUAUGAAUUCAUAGAAAGUCGUCUUGCUUCUUUAAUUGGAUAUUGCGCUCAAAUGAUUCAUCAAGUUACAUUUCUGCUUCAAAGGUUGUUGAUGAGUACAACAGAAGAGAGCAGGAGAUCAAACAUCUAGAGAAAGAGCUGGAGGAAAAAAGCAAUGACCUGACCGCCUAUCGACAGAACAUUUCAGAGGUACUAAACUUGUCUCUGCAGUCGUUAACCUUGGAUGUUUUGGGGAUAGUCAAGGUUCUCUGUGGGAUUUUCUUGAGUUGAUAGCAUGGCCAUCAUAGUUGCUCACUCUUUCUCUCUGUGCAAUAGGCCAAGGAGCGCUGGCUGAACCCUCUGAAGCAGCUUGUGGAACAGAUUAACGCCAAGUUCAGUGAUUUCUUCCGUCAAAUGCAGUGUGCAGGAGAAGUAGAUCUGCACUCAGAGAAUGAGGUAAACACUCAAUUAUUCUGAAAUCUUUGUGAUGAUAAAAUGAUUAGCCGGGUUUUCUAAUGUAACACCUGAUGUAAUGUCAGCAGGAUUAGUCCUUCAGGUUGUUGCCAGUAUCAGUUACUGUUCAUUUUGUUUGGGGGUGGAGAAAAAAAAUGCCGCUCAUCAAACAACAUGUGCCACCACAGGAGGAGUAUGACAAGUACGGGAUCAGAAUCCGUGUGAAGUUUCAUAGCAGCACUCAACUCCACGAGCUGACAGCCUAUCAUCAGAGCGGAGGAGAGCGCAGCGUCUCCACAAUGCUCUACUUGAUGGCCCUACAGGAGCUCAACCGUUGCCCCUUCAGAGUGGUGGAUGAGAUCAACCAAGUCAAGUAUGGCACUCGCUCCGCAAACGCACGCACACACAACACACACAACACACACAACACACACACAACCCGUUUUGUUCACCUUUCAAGGUGACAAGUGGUACAAGUGUCUUGUCUCCUGCUGGCUCAUGUCAGAGUGACUGAGACUGUUGCUCUCCUUUGUGUAGGGGAUGGAUCCUGUAAAUGAGAGAAGAGUCUUUGACAUUGUGGUCCGCACAGCCUGCAAAGAGACAACAUCCCAGUACUUCUUAAUAACACCAAAAGUAAGUCUUUGUACUCUCUAAUGAAUGAGCGUUCAGAUGGUUCUAAAUGAUUGUAAUAGUGCAUUCUGAGUCGGUUUUUUUUCCUUGGUGAACUUAAAAAUGUCAUUUAAUGAAGGAAGAGCUUCAUAUUUCCGUCUGACUUGGGUGACCUUGGCUGAGACCAAAAACAAAGUUAAAAGACGGUGAUUAUUAGAGUUAAAUGAAGACCUAGUAUAAACGCCAGUGUUAGUCAUGAGAAUUUGUGUUAAGUCUCACAACUACUUGAUCCUAAAGCAGCUGUUUGUGUCCACUUUUCAACUUGCAUCAAUACUAGCUUCAACUAAGUUGUAUCUGCUGCCCUCACGUGGCCAAAAACAGUUGUUGCUUGCUGUAAUUGGUAGAUUAUCAUGAUUAUCUUCCUGCAUCCAUGAGAAUGAGUGCACUUCCUGACUUACCUCCUGGUCUUGUUUAUCUCCAGCUGCUGAAGAACCUUGAGUACGCCAAAGAGAUGACCGUCCUUUGUGUCCAUAAUGGCCCCCUCAUGCUUCCCCCCAACAGAUGGGAUGAGAAGGCUCUCAUCAGGCGAUGUCUCAAAAGAAAAGCGAAGCAGUGA